GCGAGAGAGCAGCAACAGAGCGGAUGAAAGAACGAGAAUCAUUCUUGGAUGGACAGUGGUAUCGUGGUAGAGUGCGGUCUCAGUCUAGAAAGGGUAGACUGGAAGCGACGAAGAGGAGAGAGGUGCGGUGAGAAAGAGAGAGCGGGCGCGUGUGGCAAGGUCGGUGUGGCGUGCGGUGAAGUUUACGGGCUUUAUUAAAGUGCAGUCGGCCGGGUUGAAAAAAACAAUCGACGGACAUAAUACGGCGCCCCGUGAAGUCCGAUGUCUAGUGCUGAGGUGGUGGAGAGCUCCGUUGACCCCCCAGCCAAGAAGCGACGCGUUGCUGCCACUACGGGAGGAGGCGACGACUCGACGACGAUCGCAGACAUGGCGAAAAAUGGCUCGACGUCCCGGGCUCCCGCCGAAAUCGAUGAGGGUCUUUACUCCAGGCAGCUUUAUGUCCUCGGCCAUGACGCUAUGCGUCGCAUGGCAUCAUCAGAUGUUCUGAUAUCCGGUCUCGGUGGUCUCGGCGUUGAAAUCGCCAAGAACGUCAUCCUCGGCGGCGUCAAAUCCGUUACCUUACACGAUGACGCGCUAUGCCAGAUCUCGGACCUUGGUUCGCAGUUCUAUCUCAAAGAAGCAGACAUAGAUAAAAACAGAGCUGCUGCUUGUUGUCAGCGCUUGUCCGAGCUCAAUAAUUAUGUCCCUACCCGCCAUUAUUCUGGACCUUUAACAGAUUCUUACAUCAAGAAGUUCAAGGUUGUUGUUCUGACUGAAACCCCAUUAAAAGAGCAAUUACGCAUCUCUGAAAUUACUCAUGCAAAUGACAUAGCACUUAUUAUAGCAGAUACCAGAGGUCUUUUCUCUCAAGUGUUCUGUGACUUUGGGGAAUCAUUUGCAGUAGUUGAUACCAAUGGUGAACCACCUGUAAGUGCAAUGGUUGCCAGUAUCUCUCAAGAUAUUGAAGGUGUUGUCACAUGUUUGGAUGACACACGUCACGGCAUGGAAGAUGGUGACUACGUCACAUUUUCUGAAGUACAAGGGAUGACAGAGUUAAAUGGUUGUGAACCAAUAAAAAUUAAAGUUCUUGGCCCAUAUACUUUCAGUAUUGGAGAUACAUCUAAAUAUUCUGAAUACAUACGCGGUGGCAUAGUAACAGAAGUGAAGAUGCCAAAGACCCUACGUUUUUCUUCUUUGACAGAGGCUUUAAAGGAUUCCAAGUUUCAAAUCACAGAUUUCGGAAAAUUAAACUAUCCGGAGCAGAUGCAUUUUGCUUUUUCAGUGUUGCACCGUUACGUAGAAACAAAAGGGAAACUACCCAAACCAUGGAAUCAAGAAGAUGCAAAUGAAUUUUUGUCUCUUGCUAAAGCAAUGAAAGAAGAAACAGGCAGUGAAAUUGAGAUUAAUGUAGAAUUGCUUGAAAUAUUUGCAAAGAUAUCUUCUGGUAAUUUGAAUCCAAUGAAUGCUACUAUUGGUGGAAUCGUAGCUCAAGAAGUUAUGAAGGCCUGUUCUGGGAAAUUCCAUCCUAUAUAUCAGUGGUUGUAUUUUGAUGCUAUUGAAUGUUUGCCCGUAGAUCGUUCUGAACUCACAGAAGAAGAUUGCGCCCCCACCGGAUCACGUUACGAUUCACAAGUCGCCGUUUUCGGUCGUAAAUUUCAGUCAAAGAUUGGAGGCUUAAAAUAUUUUGUUGUAGGAGCAGGAGCCAUUGGUUGCGAAUUGCUCAAAAACUUUGCAAUGUUAGGUGUUGGUGCUCAGAAUGGUAGUGUCACAAUCACUGACAUGGAUUUAAUUGAAAAAUCUAAUUUGAAUAGACAAUUUCUAUUCAGACCAUCCGAUGUCCAACAAUCUAAAUCGUCAACAGCAGCUAGAGUUAUAAGAGGCAUGAAUCCAGAUAUGAAAGUAAUUGCUCAUGAAAAUAGAGUUUGUCCAGAAACGGAAAAGAUAUACAACGAUGACUUCUUUGAGGUUCUAGAUGGAGUUGCAAAUGCUCUAGAUAACGUUAAUGCUCGUAUUUAUAUGGACCGCCGUUGCGUAUACUAUAGAAAACCUCUUUUAGAGUCUGGUACCUUAGGUACAAAAGGCAAUACUCAAGUUGUUGUUCCAUUCUUAACUGAAUCUUAUAGCUCCUCUCAAGAUCCACCGGAAAAGAGUAUACCAAUUUGCACAUUAAAAAAUUUCCCCAAUGCCAUAGAACAUACUCUACAAUGGGCUAGAGAUAAUUUCGAAGGUUUAUUCCGUCAGGCUGCGGAAAAUGCCGCUCAAUAUAUAUCUGAUCCACAAUUUGUAGACAGAACGCUAAAACUGCCUGGGGUACAACCUCUAGAAGUAUUAGAAUUUGUUAAAACGGCAUUGAUCGAUGAAAGACCAAAAACUUUCGCAGAUUGUAUCGCAUGGGCUCGUUGCCAUUGGCAAGAACAAUAUAGCAAUCAGAUUAGACAACUUCUAUUCAACUUUCCUCCUGAUCAAGUAACAUCCAGUGGCCAACCAUUCUGGUCUGGUCCUAAACGGUGUCCCGAUCCGCUCACAUUCAACGUUAACGAUCCAUUGCAUUUAGAUUAUAUUGUAGCUGCUGCUAACUUGAAAGCAAAAGUCUACAGUAUUCCUAUAAAUAGAAACCGGGAAGAAAUCGCUAGGAUCGCGGCUACCGUGAAAGUACCAGAAUUUACGCCGAAGUCUGGAGUGAAGAUCGCCGAGACGGACUCACAGGUUCAAGUAUCCAAUGGCAGCGGAAAUAUCGACCAUGAGAGACUUAAUCAAUUACAAGAAGAACUGCCAAAGGUUGAGGAACUUAAUGGUCUAGUAAUUCAUCCGCAAGAAUUCGAGAAGGAUGACGAUACUAAUUUCCACAUAGACUUUAUCGUGGCUGCCUCAAAUCUCCGUGCUACUAACUAUAAAAUUCCACCUGCCGAUAGGCAUAAGAGUAAACUCAUCGCUGGUAAAAUCAUACCAGCAAUCGCUACCACCACUUCGGUAGUGGCUGGUCUGGUAUGUCUCGAAUUGAUCAAGUUAACUCGUGGCGUCAGAGAUUUGGCUAUCUACAAGAAUGGAUUUGUCAAUCUGGCUCUACCAUUCUUUGGGUUUUCCGAACCUAUUGCUGCGCCAAAACUGAAAUACUACGACACAGAAUGGACUCUGUGGGACCGGUUCGAAGUAAAGGGAGAACUAACGCUCAAAGAAUUUUUAGAUUACUUCAAAGAACAUCACAAUCUGGAGGUCACUAUGUUGUCGCAGGGUGUCUGUAUGCUUUAUUCGUUCUUCAUGGCUAAACCUAAAUGCCAGGAACGCAUGGGCCUUCUGAUGUCGGAGGUAGUGAAAAAGGUAUCAAAGAAGAAGCUAGAACCCCAUGUACGCGCAUUGGUAUUCGAACUCUGCUGUAAUGAUUCUGAUGGUAACGACGUGGAAGUCCCAUAUGUUCGUUACACCUUGCCCUGAAGCUUGUUGGAAUCACUGGAUAAAGACAUGUCUACUUAACUGACUUAGCCGUAGUAAUUUCUACAAAUUUCUAUUUUACAAUAUGGUACAGGAGAAUAUUAAUCUUUGUCUAUAUAAGGCUCUCAAAGUAAAGAUUCAUUUCUAUCGCCAAUGCUUUGUAGCAUUUAUAGGAAGCGAGCGCGGGAUCCACUGAGUUUAUCUUACUAUGAUCUCCCUUUUGCUGAAAAUCAAUUUUAAAGCUAUUAACUGUUUCUUUGUUAUCACCCCUGUGAUCCUUUAAUUCGUUUGAUACUCAUAAAUUCGUUGCUAAUAUGUUUCUUUUGCCUCCCGGCCAGCUAUGUUUCUCGAAUAAAAAAAAAAGAAAUAAUAUUAAAUAAUUCAAACUGUCGAUAAAAAGAUAAGCGGGUAAAAAUUUGUACAAGUGAAUCUGCGCUAUACUGUUUCUGAGAUGAAAAAAAAAGAAAAUAAGAUAAUAAAGCUACUAAAGAAUUUAAGUCCAUGUUGGAUCAUAAGGGAAUUGUCAUGGUAAGAAUUUUCUUAGGGCUCACCCUUCACAACUUUAUGUAUAGAAUCGAAUGUAAAUUACUGGAUGAUAACUCAAUGAUCCUUAGACGAAUAACGCUAGCACAGUUAAUAUAGACCAUAGAUAAACGUGAAAAUAAUGAGCGCAAAUAUAUCUUGCCUCCGUCGAAUUUUCGUUUUUUUUUUCUAUUUACAGUUACUUUGUAUUGUCAGGCGCGUGUAAGCAAAAGAGACAAAAAAAAUCACGAAUUUUUUCACUCCAUUUUUGCCUCUUGUUGUCAGACUUGAUACUUUAAGACUUUAUAUAAUCGAUACGUUAUCAAUAAAUUUAAUUUGUCCGCUUUAUUUUUCGAACACCGAAUGAUCUAUUGGCUAAGGCUGGUUGUUGUUACAAAGAAUACUGCAUUUAAAUUUGUAAGAACACGAUUUUGAAAAAGCUUCGAAAAAAGAGUUGCACACUUUAGACCAAGGAAUAAAAAAUAAAAAAAAGGAAGAUAUUUUGUUAAUUUUAGGAUAAUGCGGAUAUUUAUUGUAUUAUUUUAUCAAUAGAUAAUAAAUAGAUGUGUUUGGAUUUCAAGAGACAUGAGAAAUAUAGUAACAAAAAAUACGAU